UCGAAAAGGCAGAGACACUUGAUUGUGCUCAAAAUUUCGAAGUCACCACCAUCUUGAUCAAGUUUUCGAUCCGAUUGAGAUUUUUUGGGGGUAAAUCGAAGAUGGCAAGUGAAGAGGCGAAGGAUCCGUGGAAAGGAGAAGAGUGGGGGACGAGUGAGAAUCAGAAGAAGAAGAAGCCAAGUGCUGGUGUUAAAAUGGUGACGAGAGCGAGAAAACAGAUCCCGAGGGGACUCGAAGAGAAAUACGAAGCUUACUUCCUCCCGCGAAAGCCUUGGCCUUCGGCUCUUGCCUUCUACGGAAGUUUCAUCCUUGGUGGGAUCGGUGCUGGUAUGCUCAUAGAAGCUUGGAUCAACAAAAAAGUCAAAGAAGAUGGAGGAGUGAUUUGGGAAUUCGACAAGUGAAGCUAAUGAAACAUGGUUUAUUUUUUUUGAUCAUGAUAGAUAACAAUGUAAGGAACAGUGAGAGAGACAGAGAGAGAGGUUGAUGAAGAGAAUGGGGCCAAGUCUAGUUUCAAAUGUUUGUGGUUUUGUUUUUUGGAGAAAGACUUUGUUUUUUAUUGAAACCACGACGCAUAUCAGGUGUUCGACGAAAUGCUUCCUACUAAGUUUACAAUAUUCAUUAGGUGUCGAGAAAGAGAAGUGAUCCUUUAGUAUAUUUUAUUUUGUAAUGUAAACAAAUUAUUACAUAUUGCAGAAGAAAAGAAA